UGUUAGCUAUUUCAGAAGAUUUUAAAUGCUCUUCAACCACUAAUUUGGCCACAAGCAGUGCAAAAUUCAGCUUAGAAACAUUGAAACGUUGUUUUUUCUAUACAUUAUCUUUCAGUGCUUAAAAGGGCAUUUGGCAUGUUCGACACUGCCAACAGAGGAACAAUUGAUCGCGAAAAAGUGCGCACAAUUUUAACAACACUUGGACAUUCCUACGAUGACAAAGAACUGGAACAAAUGCUAAAGGAUGAAGAUCCGGAAGAAAAUGGAGCUGUAGACAUUGAAGCCUUUUGCCGCGUUGCGUCCCAUUUCUUAGAGAAUGAAGAUGAAGAGGCCAUGCAAAAGGAACUAAAAGAAGCGUUUCGAUUAUAUGACAAAGAAGGCAAUGGUUAUAUUCCCACCUCAAGUCUGCGGGAAAUUCUUGCUGCCUUAGAUGAUCAACUCACUGGCGAUCAGCUUAAUGAAAUGAUUGCUGAAAUCGACACUGAUGCCUCAGGAACAGUAGAUUUCGAAGAAUUCAUGGAGAUGAUGACUGGAGACUAAGGGAUUCAAGUCAAAUAAAACCUCACCUAUAUAAACUUUACCAGCUUGUGUAAUUUGCUGCUGAGUUAAUAAAGGAAAACCGUUAAAUUUUG